AUGGUGCAGCAGCACCAGCAGCAGCGGCAACAGCAGCAGGAGCAACAGCAGGAGAAGGAGAAGGAGAAGGAGCAGUCUGAACAGCAGCAGCAGCAGCAGCAGCAGCAGCAGCAGCAGCUAACCAGCACUGCACCAAUUCGCGGUGCCGUCCACUGGCACCGCGUGGUUUUGGUCACUAAUCCCUUCCACCAGCUCCGGUCCUAUCUGGUGUUCAGGCGCGCCAUGCGUGACCUGGGGAUGGCAGUGGACGUCCCGGGGGCACCCUACAAGCUGUACGUGGCGGCGGCGCCAUUCGCAGGGCACCGUGGCUACGGCCCCGUGCUCGACGGCCUGGCAGAUCAGUGGGACUUUUGGCGUGAAUGCCUUGCCCUCGGUUACUACUGGGCGCGCGGCUGGCUUUAG